UCAACGACAAGAUGAUCGGCACAGAUGUUGUGUUUUUUGCAGCCUUACUCACGACAGCACUCGCACAGUUCUGCCCUUCUGGGUAUACGGAUCUCAACCAAGGAACACCGUGCAAUAGUGAUUCAUUCUGCGCCAGAUUUGAUCCUACGUAUAGAUGUAUGAGAGGAUUCUGUUGUAAACCUUAUGGAGUCUGUGGUGCAAAUGAAGUUUCAAUCGCAAAUAUGUGCUUUACGAAAUCCUACAUUGGCGGAUCAUGCUUUCAUUCGGCUCAGUGCCAACCUUCUGGAGGAGAAUGUCGAAACAACGUUUGUGUGGCGAACAUUCAGUCUGACACCGCUUCUUUCUGUCUCAAUCCUUCUCAGCAACCAGAACGGAUCAACGGAAUCGUGAAGAAUUGCGCGUACACACCAUGUUCCCCGGGUUACAAAUGUUUAUUCAAUCAAGCCUAUGGACAAUACUUUUGUUGCGGCCAAAGCGAUUCAGGCUACGACUAUAACUACGGCAAGAUCCGAAUGUACCCAGGAACACUGCAGCCGUUGCAGUGUUUUGCCAAGGAUCAGUGCCUAUGGGUCGAUACACCGAAUUGUGUGUAUUCGUACAGAUAUAGACAAUAUGUGUGUUGC